AUGGAGGUGACCCUGGAGGCUAUCAUCGCAAUCGUUUCGCUUUUUGUGGGACUACCAUCGACCGUCUUCAUCAUCUGUAAAUGCUGCAACCGCCGACGGCGCUGCUUCGGUCAGGCUACUCAGCCCUUCUCGAACGACAGAUCGAUGCAGUUCGAGUCGGCACCUUAUGAAGAAAGCUUCAUACGACGGCAAUCACACAAGAGUUUCCGCGCUUGGACGGUCGUGGGGCUCCAGGUAGAUGCGGUCCCGUAUCCGGAUAACUUCUACGACCUGCGUCCACUCGGAGGCAGUCAGUCCAGUGUUCGCCUGAACAGUGAAGUCACUGCUUCUUCGUCCAACGGUGCCAAUCAAUGUGCCCAUCUCCAACGCCACAACCCAUCCGAACUCGACAUGGCAGAUAGCGAGCGCCCAAGAUCGCGCUCGCCGCGGCGCGAUCGCGACCGAGACAGAGACAGGCCCAGAAAGCAAGGAGGCUUCCGAUGGAAGGACAAGAGCCGCAGAGACGACCGCGAUGAUCGCGACGACAGACGGGGCCUCGAGCGCGGCUACCGCAAUCGAUCCCGCUCGCCACGCCGCGACCGAGACAGAGAUCGCGACAGAUACAACGACCGCGAUCGUGAUCGCAACGACAGCUACCGCCCGCGCGACCGCGACCGUGACCGCGAUCGCGACUCAGGCCCAAGAGAAAGCAAAGCCGGCUCCUCGAGCUCAAAGGAUACGACGAAGCCACCCAAGAGAGAGAAGCCCGCGCCCGCACCUGCUGCUGCCGGCGGCGAAGAGAUGAUCAUCGUCCACGUCAACGACCGUCUCGGCACGAAGGCUGCGAUUCCCUGCCUCGCCUCGGAUCCCGUCAAGAUGUUCAAGAUCCUGGUGGCGCAGAGAGUCGGUCGGGAGCCCCACGAGAUCCUGCUGAAGCGCCAGGGAGAGCGGCCAUUCAAGGACCACCUUACGCUGGAGGACUACGGUGUCAGCAACGGUGUGCAGAUCGACUUGGAGGUUGACACUGGUGAUUAA